GGCUCAUUGUGAUCUUAUCUUCGCACUGAUUAUUGUGGGGAUAUUACCAUUUCCUAUGCGAUAGGUUUUCCCCACCACUCAAUAAUUAAGCAUACACUUAACUUCUGAGUUGCACCUACUUUCUAUUCUUUGGUGGAUACCUUUGUCAUUGAUUAUUCACAAUGAUAUAUUAAUUUUUUUGUAAUAACCUAGGUGCAUUUGAAGAUGCCAUCGUUGGAAAAUAAUUAUCCAGGAGCAGCUAGUCUUAUUCAGGAUAUUGGAAAGAAAAUGGCAAUCAGUCUCCGUGGUGGCCGAAUGUUUAUUGGAUAUCUGAGAAUAAUCGAUCAGUUCGGAAAUGUUGUUCUUCAUGAAGCUGUGGAACGUAUUCAUGUGGAAAAAAAAUUCUGCGAUGUUCCCCAAGGCAUUCUACUAAUUAGGGGUGAAAAUAUUAUUAUUAUUGGAGAACUGAAUCCAGAAGUGGACAUUGAUGAGAAGUUGCAGAGGGUUUCAGAAGAAGAGAUAUACAAACUGCAACAAGAACAGACAGCUGCCCGCAAGGAGUUGGCCAGGAAACGUGCUGAGUUGUUUGCUUUGCGUGGAUUAGGCUUCCAAGAAUUCGGAGACAUAAUGUUUGAUGAUGCAUAA